AUAUUACAAAGCAUAGAUACUAAAAACAUGAGAGAAAAAAUGAUGAUUAAAAUUCACCCCAUCAAAUUACUCGAUAAUUAUACCCAAGAGCUCCCCUUAAGACAGCUUGCUGUCUUUGGUUCCUUAACGCGAAGACAUCCUGAUUCCACAAGUUUAAGUCAUAGUCGUUUUGCCAAACAAUCUGAUAUAGAAAUCCAAAGGCUGGACGUACGACUUGAUUAUUGA